UUUAAUCGCUGACUUUGGUAUAAGUCAUAUGUUAUCUGAUGAAACUUCGACACAUCGGAGCAUAGAAAGAGGAGCUCAAGGUUGGAUAGCUCCAGAGUCAUAUGACGCAUCAGAUGGAUCAAUUAAUAAAGUUCGUUACAAAAAAGAGUCUGACAUUAUGAAUGCAGGAAUGGUGGCCUAUUAUGUUGCAACAAAGGGAAAACAUCCUUUUGGAGAUAAACGGCUUAGAUUGGACAACAUUUUGAAAGGAAACCCAGUUGCCUUGGACGAAAUCGAGGAUGCCACGUUCAAAGACCUUUUAUCGUGGAUGCUACAGCUAGAGCCGGAAUACAGGCCAUCUGCCAAUGAGGCGUUAAAACACCCUUAUCUACAAUCAGACGAAGAGAAAUUUAACAUGCUGUGUGAUAUGGGGAACCAACUUGAAGUGAAACAUUCACAAGGUCAAAAUUCUCCCCCUUCAGACGAUCAUACGCAGUUGUAUGGUUCCACAGAAUGGAUGAAGCGUAUCGAUGAUGAAGUCGUCAAAGAUUUGUUCAACUUUGAAGCAAACGACAGUAUAAGAACUCUAAACUACGAGUCUACAUGGGCAGGAUGUCUAAGAUUUAUACGAAGCGUUGACCAACAUUGGCAAAAUAAGCCUCGUCCGCAUCUAUCACAAUAUGUGAAGCAAGGCAAUUAUAAAGAGUAUUUCCUGCAACGUUUUCCUGAACUUCCUCUUCUGGUGCACAAAGUCAUUAGGUCCACUCACAGGAAAACUAAAACUGAUCACAAGAAUAAUUAAGAACAUCGUGCGAUUGUUCAGGAUUUGUUUACACUAUCUUCUGACUUUUCAUUUAAACAUUUUCUCACUCGAUGCUGAAGUCUUAUAAUUAUUUAUGUAUUAUAUACAGUAAAAAAUUGUAAUCUCCGCAAAUGGAUAUGAUUACUUAAAAUAUUUAUAAUGGGACUUAAAAUAUUACUAAUUCGAAUGU